UUGUUCGGGUAGGAACACUUCCGCUGCGGCGCUCUCCACCUACGUCACUUCCUGUGAGUCUCUCAUAAAGACGGGCCUGGCGGGAUCUCCGCGGGUCAAUUUUUUAGAUUUGUUCUCUGAAUCCGGAGGGAAUCGGAGCCAUCAGAACCGCAAACAUGACGGUGGGAAAGAGCAGCAAGAUGCUGCAACACAUUGACUUCAGAAUGAGGUGCAUCCUUCAGGAUGGUCGGAUCUUCAUCGGCACCUUCAAGGCCUUUGACAAACACAUGAACCUGAUCCUGUGUGACUGCGACGAGUUCAGGAAGAUCAAGCCAAAGAACUCGAAGCAACCAGAGCGAGAGGAGAAGAGGGUUCUCGGUUUGGUUCUGCUGAGGGGGGAGAACUUGGUCUCCAUGACAGUUGAGGGUCCACCCCCUAAAGAUACUGGUAUAGCUCGUGUCCCGUUGGCAGGUGUGGCCGGAGGUCCAGGUGUGGGCCGGGCAGCAGGUCGUGGUGUUCCUGCAGGAGCUCCAAUGCCUCAGGCCCCGGCCGGACUGGCUGGGCCUGUCAGAGGGGUGGGCGGCCCUUCACAGCAGGUCAUGACUCCACAGGGCAGAGGGACGGUUGCCGCGGCAGCAGCAGGUGCGAGUAUCGCUGGAGCUCCAACACAGUAUCCACCGGGAAGAGGAGCCCCACCCCCAAUGGGCAGAGGAGCACCUCCACCAGGUAUGAUGGGCCCGCCCCCUGGCAUGCGGCCCCCAAUGGGUCCUCCAAUGGGGAUGCCUCCUGGUCGAGGAGCUCCGAUGGGAAUGCCCCCUCCAGGCAUGAGGCCACCCCCUCCUGGCAUGAGAGGACCCCCCCCUCCCGGCAUGAGACCGCCUCCCCGGCCCUGAAGGAGCCCCACCCUCUGAGACUCAUACGUUGUAUAGAUGUUUGUUUUUGGAAAUGUUCUGUUUUUGUAUUUUUUAAUAAAGCUUCCUCAGGAUGGUUUGAUUUCA